CAGAGAUUUGCAGCGGUGGGGAAGGCAUACGUCACAGGCAUAAUGGCGGAUGCUGGUUGAGAAGGAGAAUUACUCCAUGAAGCGGCACUGAAACCAACUUCAUCGCCAGCCGACGAGGUGAUCGCUGGUCCAAACAUGGCCUGCAAUUCAAGCCAGGAGAGAAAAAUCGACAAGGAUAGCGCCCAGGCCGAAGACCUGACCUCGGAGGAUUGCGAUAGCAAGAAACAAUUGUUGUCAGCCUCUAGCACGGCCACAUCCAAGCAAAAUGGCGAUCAAGCUGGAUGCGAAGACGAGCAAAUGUCUGAACAAGAUGCUUCUGAGCGUCGGAGGGCCGGCGUGUUGGACCUCAAAAUCAACAGCAGUUCGCCUUCGACGUUACCGAAGUCGACCGACGAGCUGCCAAGGAGGAAUUUUCAGAUUCCAAGGAAGAUCAAGGAGCGGAAAGGUCUUCUCCAGCACUUGUCUCCAGAUUCAAGAGAGUUUGAAGAGAUUGUGAAGCUUCUCUCCACAUUCUAUCUGGAUUCCUCCUCUCGUGGGACUUUCACCUACACCAAAGCUUCUCUCAUUCACAAUGAGCUCUUAGAGAAAGAGUUCAUCGAAAAGAAAAGGGAGUUGAAGCAGAAUGGAAGGACAGAGGCAGAACUCGCCGAAUCUUAUGCUUUUCUGCUGCCAGAGAAAAAUAAGGUUCACUGGAUCUGUGAAAAGGGGCUGUCUGUAGGACAUUCACGGAUCAGCAAUCUAGGAAGCCCUGGCAAAGGGAUUUACCUCUCAAAAUGCUCAGAUUUGUUACAAAUGAAUCCAUUUGAAGUGGGUGCUACUGGAGACAUAAUACUAUUUAAAGUCAUGAAGGGUAAAGUGAAGACAAUAUUUGAGAAUAUGCCUAAAAGUAAUCUUGAGCCCAUUCCUAAAUAUGACUGCCAUGUGUACAAGAAUGCCAGCAAAGUGACUUCAUUGUUGUCCUAUAGGGCCUUUGAACACACUCAGCAAUACUUGUAUGAAUUUGCAUUUGAGGAGUUACGAUCAAGGCCCCGGCACGUGUUACCAUAUGCGGUUGUGUCUUUUCAAUAUAAAGGCAAAGAGUCGGUCACGGCUGCACACAGUAGGUUAAACAGCACUGUGUAUGAAGCUUCAAGAGUCCGGAGGAGAUAUACAGUUUGGAGUGGCUCACUUGUGAAUAAAGGAGAAGAGCUCUAUCAAGUGUACAUCCGGUCCACAAGUCUCCCUCUUCUCCCCCUUAAACUGCCGGACAAGCUUGAUGUCAGUGUGGCAAUGCAUCUGGAUCAAUUAAAGCGAAAGAUCCCGUCUGUUCUGUUAUCGUGGGACACGUACACUGGAUCGCGUGAGGUGUUGAAGUGUGGGAUGUACUGCAGUCUUUAUGAAGUCAUAGGAAAGAGUAAACAGGAAAAUAGUCUCUCCGGAUUGGUACAGCGGCUUGAGAAAGACCGAAUGGUACUGGUAAAGCCGUUGAUAGACAAAGGAUUUCUCUUUCUCCUCUCGUCCUCUCACUUGCAAACUUCCAGCGAGAGGCGAGGCAGAAAUGACAAGGGCUUACACGCGCUUUAUAUCUUUCAAGAACAAAGAAACAUGUCCAGGUUAAUUUCGAAGAACUCUGAAGUAAAUGGAGACCCUCUGGUUUCAUUAGAGCCUAAACACCCAAUCACCCAUCAACUCGAUAACUUUGUACCUGCCCUGCACCACGGACUCUUCAAGCUACGUGCCAGUCCUCCCAAAGACCUUUCCGGGGGGCUAAAACGUCAGGCACUGGACUACCUGAGGCAGCAGGAACAAGGCGCCAUACGACCCUUUCAUGUGGUGGAGUACCGCCACACUUUGGACGAUCGGACGAAUCUACACCCAGCACCUCGUCCUAAGAACAUGGACAUAGCGCUAAGUUCUUACAUGAAGGGGCCGGCACAGUUUCAACUGUCGGUGGAAGCGCUGGUAAUAGACAGUAGACCUGUGAUGGGGUCUCCACCAGCAGGUGCUGAAGAGUACAGCCCCGUGUCAGAUUGGGGAGGGUCAGACAGACAAGCGGCAAGCAGCAGUACGCCUGGAGUCUCUCAGUCCAACGGUGGAGCUCAGAGAACACAGGGAGAGUAUGACAAAGACAAGAUGGAGAAAUUGCUUAAAUUGAUACAUCUACAUAAGAGGAAUUUAGGGAAGGAAGAAGGGAGUGGGCCUGAGAGAGAAGAGGAGUGGGAUGCCGCCAGCCUUAAGAGAAGGCUGGAAAGGGAAGGUCCUGGAGGCGUUAACAAGUACCUGAGGACCAGUCUGCUGAACGGGGAACCAGGAAGAGUGGCUGUGGACAGCAUGGCACUGUGCGACACGGACCUGCGUGAGCGUGAGUCCCCGACCACCAGUCUUAGGGACACACACACCCUGCUCAAACUCUUCCUCGGUACACUCAAGAAGAUGGCCCAGCACGCUAACAAUGCUAGCAGCAUGGACCCAAACAGCAUGGAGCAGAGUCUCGAACCCGCCGACCUGGCCGCCUGCAGUGACCUUGAUCUGCGUGCCAGGCGUUCGGAGGAAGAGCAGGUUAACCAGGAUUCCUCAGAGGAACAGAUAACUGGAAGCAGGAGCAGCAUGGAUGUGCACAGUCCUUCCUCUAGUAUGGAGCAGAAGCCAUCCUGUCCGGCAGAGACCUUGAACCAGAGCCACAAUCUGUGGAGAACGUCUAGCACUGCGGAAGUAAGUGAGGCUUGUGUGAUUGGAAUAGAGAAGCAAGUCCAGACUUUGGGGAGAUCAGUGGACACCAUCGUCGACAGCGAGUUCCAAAACUUCUGCACAGGCAUCCAAGAACUGAUGGAUGCACAGCAUUUAGUGUACAUCCCCCCUCCUCCUCUGCCUCGACUCGAGGAGCAUGCCAUCUGGUCAAGCUCGGCCUUUUCUCCUUUCGUUUCGAAAUACGUCUCCUCACUGCCUGUACACGGGUACGUCAGCAGUCUCUGUGAGAAGAUGAGCUGCUUGAUUAGAUCUCCCAACAUGUCUUCAGAACCUUUUGCCGUCACAAUACCAGUCGUUGCUGCUCCACUGCCCACCCCCUUACCAUCUGCCCUGCCCCCUUCUGCCAUGCCGCCUCCUACCCCACCCAUCCUACCCUCGCCGCCUGCCACUUUUCACACUAAAACAUCAUCUCCAGUGCCUAAAUCUCAGGCUUCGUUGAGCAAGCCUCAAGCUCCUGCACCUACCCCUAAGCAACCUCAGGCUUCAGAUAUCCCUCGUCUCGGCACGGUCAAAGAGGCCCAUUUGGUUUCGGUAGGAAAAUCGACUGAACCAAAUGUUUUGGAAAGUCCUAUGUGCUCACCAUCAAAAGCAAGUGCCGGUCAGCCUCCGGCACCUUCAGUUCCAGAGAUGCCGUCAGACACUGCACCUGCGGGAUCAUCGAGCGCUGUGGGGAGCAACAUCAUGGAACAAAUCCAACCGGAUAUGUUGUGCACGCUGGUGGAGAUCAUGCAGAAGAAUGCAGUGAGGUUUUUCAUUCAAAGAGGAGAUGUGGAGAGUGAACUCUGUUCCGAGAUCAAGGACUAUUUGCAAAGUCUUGGCAACAUUGAUUGCAACCCACAGAGUUACCUGGAGAUGAAAAGUCAACAAAAGUUCAUGAUAAUCAUUCAGAAUGAGGAUAUCGCAACUCAUGUACAUAAGAUCCCAGCGCUGGUGUCUCUGAAGAAGAUGUCCACAGUUUACUUUGCCGGAGUUGACAGUCUGGAUGAUGUGAAAAAUCGAACCUACAAUGAGCUUUUUGUGUCAGGAGGUCUCAUUGUGACAGAUGAGCUCAUUCUAAACCCUGACAAUAUAACUCUAGAAAAGCUCAAGGCAUUUCUAAAGUUUCUGGAGAAUCAGGGCUCACCCUGGAAGUGGAAGGUGCACUGUAAGACUCAGAAGAAGCUUAAGGAGCUCAGCAGGUUAAACACUGAGGCCCUGGAUUUGUUAAACCUGCUGACAGCCUACCAGAAGAAACACCUGGUGGAGUUCCUGCCUUACCAUGAAUGUGACGCUCCAUCUAGGCAGGCUCCUGAUUUGGAGUGUUUGGUGAAGUUGCAAGCUCAACACACACAGCUCAGACAUAUCAUCUUCCUGACAGAAAAGCGUGACGACUCAUUCUCGCAGUUCUCUGGCAGUGGAGUCAUUGUUGCGGGUAUGAAUGACAUCAUGAACAACUUCCAGAGUUUGCUCAGUGUUCCAGAAGAAUUUACUCUACCUGAUCCAGUGGAGCCCGAUGCAGUUGUGGAUGAGGAGGACAUGUCCAUCGACUCUGAAGAUGACAUGCUGGUUAUCUCUGAGACUUCCAUACAGACCGAAAAUCCCCCUGAAGAGCCGACGGCACCUCUGCCCCCUCCACCUCAGACUGAUGGUUUCCGCCCUCCUCUCCCUGAUCUGCCAGCUUUGGACCCCAUUAUGAAUCCCCUUACAGUUCCAAAUCCACCUCCCUUUCCCAGCCAUAGCUCUUACCCGGCUGAUUACGCUGCUCUCAAAUCUGCCAUCGCUCAGUAUAAAGUCGCCAAUAAGGAGGCUCAUCCUGGGCCUGAGGUGGAGGACCCCCUGUCCAAUUUUGGGGUAAACACCCAUCAGAGCUACCUGUGUCCCAAUUCAGCACAGUGGAGCCCUUACUCUGGGUCUCCUGCAUACCACAUGUCCUCUGCGUAUUCAUCCCCUGUCAGGGUGGCCUCCAAAGGAGACUAUAGUCUCACUGCUCCUCCACACACCUCCACCCUGCCCAUCACCAUUCCCCCACUCCAUCUCCCCUCCUUCCCUCAGCUCCCCACCUUCCCUCAGCUCCCUGUCAGCUCAGUGGAGGUGCCACCUGUUCCAGAAUCAGCUCCCUCAAUACAGAUUCCUGCUCCACCCCUGCUUGUUUCUGACGGUGUGGCGGCUGGGGCACCAACAGCAAGCAAUGCCAGUCAACCGGGAUCUCAGGAUGCUAAGAUAGGUGUAGAAGCUUCUUCGUCCUGUUCCUCUCUCCAACCUACUUUUCCGUCCUACGCUGAUGGUACUCACUUUCCGGCCCUCACUCCUGUUCCUCCUAUUCCUCCUCUUUAUAACUGGCGGCCCACAGCGGAGUCUCAGCACAGUUUUACAGCUGGACAGAGUUUGGGAGGAUUCUGUGCUCUUCCUUCCACCCAAACCGAAGCCACAGGAGCUACAGAUGGUUCUAGGGUGGGAGCAGGUGAGACCGGAAAUUCCAGUAGUCAAGAAGAAAGCACACCUGCUCCAGCCACCUCCACAGGAGGUCCUGUACAGCAGGAUGUAGAUGGAGAGAAAGGAGCUGCGCCAGGUAGUGGUCUGCCAGGUAGUGGUGCGCCAGGUAGUGGUGCGCCAGGUAGUAGUGCACCAGGUAUUGCUGCGCCAGUUAGUUUGAUGUCGUGCAGCCAAGGCAGCAGAACUCCGGUGAGCUCUUUCUCAGAUAGUCAUGGAGGUAGUCAGCCCCCUCCCACCCGGGGUGGCACAGCUGGCAGAGGACUCCUGCCCAUCCCAGGAGCUACCCUGGGGGCUCUGUGCCGGGGUGGGUCAGCUAGACUGAGCUCACACCACAACAACAUGUACGGCCACAGAGGAGGCUUUCCCGGACCCGUUGAUAUGAUGCGCGGUGGUUUCAGGGGUAGAGGAUUACCACCACCACCCAUGCCCAUGAGAUCAAGACCAGGUCGGGGUCACAUCAGAGGAGGUUGUAACUGGGGAUAUCCUCCUGGGAGGGGAGGGGGUGGCCGCCCGGACUACUAUUCAGACUACACCUACAACUAAAUGCCAAUGGGAACGUCACAGGCUCCCCUAUAGACUACUGGCAUUAAGAAUGUACAUAUUUAACUGUUAGAGCACAUCAAAUCAAAAUGUCAUGAAAUGAAAAAAUAAACAGAAAUCUGGUUUUGUACAAAUGAGAUUUGUGACUCAGACAGUGGCCAGAGAUUCACUGUUUCAAGUAAUGCUCUUCCUAAAAUGAGAUGUUUGAGAAACCUUGUUCAUACCACUAUAUUUAUAUUGCCAAGAAAUGUAAUUGCCUUUCAAUGUUUCAUUUUUGUCAAUAGUUUUUGUUGGGAUUUUCAAAACAAUUUGUGAACAAGGAGCAAAUUGCAGACGAUAUUUUUUUAAAGAGAAAAGUUGAGUCAUUCUUCAUUUUAGCUGUUAUGGUUUUUUUUACAUUCUUGGUUGUACAGAUGUUCUAUUAAAACAAGGUUGUAUCAAA